AUGGAGAAGUUAACAGAUAUAGAGUUGACUAGUAUUGAUACAACAGAUCCCAAACCAAGAUCCUUUCAUGAUGCUUCAGCCAUCUUGAUACAGGAAGAUGAUAUUGAAACACCAUAUGGUAAUAUGCAUGUUGCUAUACAAGGGGAUAGGUCUAAAAUGCCUAUUGUCACUUUUCAUGAUAUUGGAUUGAACCAUGUGACAUGUUUCCAAGGGUUUUUUAGCUUCCCUGAAAUGCAACCUAUUUUACAACAUUUCUGUGUGUAUCAUAUCAAUGCACCAGGACAAGAAGAAGGAGCUAUGCAUCUGAAACCAGAACAUGAUGUUUUGGGUAACCCUGAAUCACUGGGUAACAGAUUUGUGUACCCAUCUAUGGAUCAGUUAGCAGAAGGCGUACAUCAAGUUGUUGAACAUUAUGAAAUGAAGAGAUUUAUUGGUUUUGGAGUUGGAGCAGGAGCUAAUAUUUUAAGUCGUUAUGAAUUAUUACAUGGUGACACCAUUGAUUCCUUGGUUCUUAUUAAUGCUACAUCUACACAAGCAGGAUGGAUUGAAUGGGGCUACCAAAAGAUGAACUCAUGGUACCUAUUCAGCGGUCAAGUCACCAAUUUCACUGAAGAAUACCUCUUAUGGCACUGGUUUGGCAAGAAAACAAGAUGGGAAAACCAUGAUUUGAUAACUUGUUAUAAAGAAUAUAUUAAAUCUAUUAAUGCCCAGAAUUUAGGCUUAUUCAUCGAGUCUCAUAUGAAACGUACAGAUUUAAAUAUUAUGAGAGAAAUGGACCCAAUGAAGAAAGCUGCUGCCAGAACUAUUAAAUGCCGUAGUUUGGUGUUAGUGGGAAAUAGUUCACCACAUAUGGAGGAAGUUGUAGAUAUGAAUGGUAAAAUGGAUCCAUCAGAAACUGAUUUUAUGGUGAUAGCAGAUUGUGGUGGAAUGCCGUUAGAGGAACAACCAGGGAAAGUUUGUGAAGCUUUUCUCUUCUUCUUGCAGGGAAUGGGAUAUGUACCAUCUCUGCACCAGACUACUAGUGCUGCAGCUGCUAUUUCAGCUGAACAGAUGAACCACCUAAAUCAAUUGAAGCAUCAGCAAUAUGGUCAACCAAUUCCACAUCAAGUUUGUUAA